AUGCUCUCCAUCUUGCGAGCGGCUGCCGCUGUUUGGUGUGUCUGUCUGCUUUCCGGCUGCGGAGCGGCCUAUGAGCUGCAGGACACCAUCCACACUUUGAAAGAGGAAAACCUCCACCUGCAGCACCGACUGGAGAACCUCACCGGGGCUCUGCGAGACCUGAAACACCUUCUGGCAGACCACUCUAAAGGCGUAAGUGCUGAGACUCAUCACAUGCUGGAGCAGGCUUUGUGUUUAACUGAGUUCCACAGUGCAGCGCGCCCCGUCCCAACCACCCCGGGACUCCUCCUCACCUCUCUUCUUGUCUCUGUCUUGCUCUACGCAGCAGAAGCUUCAGGAGGGGAAGGAGCGACAGACACCGCUGAAGGGCCACCCGGCGUGUUUGAAUGGAGUACUCAGAAGUUUUCUGUGAACGAGGAAUGUGCACUUUACAGGCUGACGUCAUGGAUGGAGAAAGAAGUCGGUCUCCUCGCACCCUCCGGGAAGCUCUGCAGUAGGAUGCAAGUCUGUGUUUCCAUCUGUUUGCUGCCACACAUGACUUCCCCUCUCUGGCUCCUCAUUCUGUCUGGGUUGGCAGUUGCCUCCUUGCUGGGUCUGGAGGAUGUGUUCUUCAGUCCUCAGGACCAGACAGUCAGGGAGGGAGAGGCUGUUUUUUUCCAGUGUGUUUCAGGAGAAGCUUCCCCUCCUGCAGGCAUCACCUGGCUCAAAGAUGGAAAGGUGGUCAAGAGAGGCAAAAUGUUUCAGGGGGAGUAUGGAGGCGGUCAUCAAAAGAAGACUUCAGGCACUCUGUACCUCAUGAAUGUAACUUUAGAGGAUGAUGGGACAUAUGUCUGUGUCACGCACAACCGUUUACUGAACGUCAGAGAAGAGAAGAAGAGCAAACCAGCCAAACUAACUGUACUGAGGGUUCCGAGGAGGCUGCAUGUGAUACGGGGCCCUGAAAACAUAACCGUUGCUACGGGAACCGAAGUCUCCCUGCGAUGCACUGUCUAUGGCUUCCCUGUUCCCAUGGUGCAUUGGUUCAAAGACGGGUGCCUCCUGCUAAACUGCUCCACCUCAUUCAGCCUCCAGAACAAUGGACAGCUGCUCACAUUCAGAAAUGUGACCCGGGAAGAUGAGGGCUGGUACCACUGUGAAGCAUCAAACCAAAAGGAGAGAAUCAAGUCACAGUCAGCUUUCCUACUUGCAGCUGAGAUGGACUGGAGUUUUGUGCAGCAGCCCUCAGACCUGACGGUGAGGAGAGGGGAAAACGUUACGCUCACCUGCAGGCCUCCACACAGCAGACCAGAAGCUCAGAUGUCCUGGUUCAAAAACAGCCAGCUGUUCACUCCCACAGCUCACGCCACCGUGCUGCCCACCGGAGACCUCUUCUUCCACAGUAUCCAAGUGGACGACAAUGGCAGCUACUUCUGCAGGGCGUCUAAUACCUUCCUUCAAAGAUUCCUCACCUCGAAAAGGGCGACACUAACUGUGCUGGCCCCGCCCACAGUUAAACUUUGGCCCCAGGUGUUGACCGUGCCCCUCGGGGCCCGUGCCGUACUGGAGUGUGAGGUGUUUGGCCACCCUUUGCCCUCCAUCAAUUGGGUGAAGAGAGGCCACUCCAAACAAACCGGGGGCAAGAUCGCGUACGGGCGGGGAAAAGCCAGUCUCCACAUUCAGUCGGUCAGGAGUUACGAUGAGGCUGUGUAUGUGUGUGAGGCCUCCAACAAACUGGGAGAAAGCCACAGCACAGCACUGCUGAGAGUCGCUGUGAACCCCAUAAUAGUCACCUACGUUGGCCAGGUCAGCAGUAAGGUUGGAGCUUCAGUGACUCUGCCUUGUGGAGCUGUGGGGAUCCGGCCCAUCACGCACAGCUGGACGAGGGGCAGAGCGGGGGCACGGACCCCCGUCGGUCACACUACAGACGAGCACAUCGACGAAGAGGGAGCCCUGCAUUUUCCCAGGGUGAAGUACUCUGAUGCAGGGGAGUAUUUCUGCACGGCUGAAAACAGAGCCGGACGAGAUCAGAGGCGUACGGUCCUCACCAUCACCGAUUCCAGCUUCGGAAGUACAACUAGAUUGCCAAUCUCUUCAAGGAAAGCUGUCGCUGAGCUUAAGAUGCUAUCAAAGUCACAACCCCGUUUGAAUCGCCAAACCACCAGUCCAGCUCAGUCCUUGAUCACACAGAUGCAGCCUCCUAUAUUACCACCUCCUCCCCGUCCAAACUUCCAGUCCGUUGAGCUCCACACCGAACUGCCACUAAAAAGACAUCCACUUCUUUUUUCAAUUAGUCAACCACCAAUGACACGCAUCCCGACCCCGGAAACCACGAGCGAAGCUUUGAGUUUAAACCUUCAGUAUCUGCUCACUGAAAGCAACACAGCACCAAGCGCACACUUUCAGCAACAAGUCAGUGAAGAAUUGUUUCCAGAGUCUACUUCUCAGCGAUCUAACACCCCUGCUAUGUUUUUGGAAAGUCAAGGCAAAGAGAAGACUGAGACUCAGCCAUCAUCUAAACUCAGAGUGGGAGGACCGUUUGGAUUCUUGAAGUCUGAUGCGUACAUGCCAACUCCAACACAAAGUCCUGUGACCCAAACAGAAGUGAGAGGUUCAGGUUUGGUCACCCUCACCACAAAGUCACAAACUGAAUCCUAUCUAUCAAACACACAUUUUUACCCUCUGGUAACAAAUACACCGCCGGCCCACCACGGACCAACUGUGAGUCCUAAUAUCAAGCCAAUUCAUUCGAAUCCUUCACCAACUCCCCAACAAGCAUCCAAACCUCCUUCUCACCAGUCUUUUACCUUGAAUUUCUUACCAAAGUUUCAACCUGAGCUUUCAACAUCACGUCCAUUCUCGCUGCCUCCACUUUCCUCAGUCAGUGAGCCUCGGCCAUCCCAAGCUCACGGUCAGUUUCCGACAAUUGCUUCAGUGCCUGAAUCACAGCAUCGUCCACAGCUUCCCUCAGCAAGCGCUCCUCUCCAAGACACCGCCUCCUCAGUGUCGGACAGUGAGGUCACUCAUACGGUCAACGUAACCGAUGGGCUGAACGCCACAGAGGAACCAUCCAACAGCACAGAGCUCCCGGGGUUGUUAAAGAGGAACACCUCUCAGUCGCCCAUGACGAGCAGUGACCCCAAACUGACCCGGCGGUCGCGGCCGUGGCUGCCCGUGCUGGAGAAGCACGACGUUCCCAUCGUGGUGGGAGUGGGUGUGUCUUUGGCCUUCAUCUUCAUCACUGUCACCUUCUAUUCCGUGGUCCGGAAGAAUGAACCAGUACCAACCAGCCGAGCAGGUCAGAGAAAUUCUCAUUACGCUAACGGCCUGCCACAACGAGCCUUUGAGGACGAUGAGUGUGUUUCAGUGGUCGAGCAGAGCCCCAACACGUCGGACACCCGGGCCAGGCCCCCCGGGCCCGGCCUGAUCACGGUGCAGCUGGAGCCCACAUCCGGGGAGCUGGAGCAGCUCACUCAGCCCACGCUGGACAACAACUCGGUCACUGUGGAGACCUAUCCGGAGCCCAUCGUUGACACAAAGGUCUUCAACCCAAAACACAAGAGCAUGAUUGACCCAUCGUUCGAGGAAGAGAAGGUCUGCAGUUUGUCCCAGCGCAGCGUCCAGCUGCACUGCGCUGAGGACUGGACCAGCAGCAGAGGGGACGACCACAGCCCGUGCCUGGACACUCUGCCUCCCCCGUCCUCUCUACCCUCACCAUCUCCCUCCCCCUCCCCCGCCCCCGCCCCCGCCCCGGCCUCCAGGCCCGGGGAGGUCCUCCGCUCCUCUGUGACCCUUCAGAGCUCUGAGGCGUGCGUCCCUCCCAUCCAGCACAGCCUCAGCAUCACGCACGGCAGCCCCCCCCUGCUGCUCUCACACCACGUCUCCCUGGGCCUCACCACGGUCGCCGUGGACGUCCAGCUCCUAGGCCCCGGCCCUCACAUCAACACGAUCACCAACUCAACGUCAGUGACCGCCCCUCUGUCCGGUCCCCCACUGGCCGGCAAUCAGGACAACGACGGCCGGUCGACAGCCAAGUUUCGACACAGCAAGUAG